AGCACUCGAUUCGGUUGUUCCUUUAUGAACCAUCGGAUGCAUAUAUCUAUCCUUGUCAGGCGAUUUAAAACCGAACAAUCAGUAGUAACUUUUUCAGAAACAGAUUGGAGAAAGAAUAAUCGAUUUUUUUAUCAGCAAAGUCUAAAAAAAAUUUAACAAUGUUGUGAUUUUACGUUUCAAGUCGGUGGCUUGAUUUGUAAAUAUGUAACAUAGUAAAGCGUUGUUGUAAUAAAACAGGCGGCAUAUAUGAUAUCGCAUGAAGUGAAUUACUUUUUAGAUAGUAAGAAACGAAACAAUAAGCAGGUUCCCCAAAACUCCACAAUGGAUUUCGAAGCAGCUAAUUUUGACAUUAAAGAACAUAUGGAAAGGUUCGAUAUUGAGAACUCAGCCGUUCAUCGCAAACUACAAAGCAAGGUUGAAGCACUGAAGAUUAUGAGAAGUGAGCUGGAGAAGUAUCGUGCCGAACGGGACCAGUUUAAACUGAUGGCUGAAACUCUUCAAAUGCGGUACACGGCAAUGAAAAACAGUUUGAACAAUUCCGAACUGCAGACAGCCGUAUUUGGUCACAAUUCUGCUGUUAGUUUAAUCGUCAAUCAAACUCGAGAAAGAAAUAUGUCACUGAACACCGAAGUCGAAGCACUUAAACAACGUGUUCACGAAUUAGAAGGUGACAUCAAGAUUCUCAGGACGAAGAAUACCGAACUGCAAAGUAUCAGUAAAAAUCUAAAAUCUUCAGGAGAAUUGAAACUAAAAACUCACGUACGAUGGAACGAGGAGAAAUCCAAACUGAUCUGUCAGAUGGAAAAACUCAAGAAAAAAAACGCUCAGUUGCAAUACGACUUUCGGUCGUUGAUUGACGAAAAGGAGGACCUCGUCAUGGAACGAGAUGCAUACAAGUGUAAAGCCCAUCGCCUGAAUCACGAGUUAGGUGUGCUGUUAAAAGGCGAUCAAUCUCAGCAAAAAAUUUUGGACAUUGACGGUCUGAUCUUGGAAAACAAGUGUCAACAAGAGAAAAUUUCUAAUUUAGAAAAUGAGCUGGAAUUAGCAAAACAAUCAGCUUCCAAAUACAAGAGCAUGCUGGAUCCUAAGCGUAAAAGAGGAAUAAUCAAACUAGGCAGCAGAACUAACCAAACGAUAAUGUCUCACAGUCAAGUCAAGGAACUUCUAGAGCGUGGUACUGUUGAAGAGCUUCCUCUGAAGGCAGACACUAUAUCGGAGUUGAAGUCUCUCUGUCUGGCCCUACUAGAUAACGUGAACGAUAAAAGUCUAGCCUUAUCACAUCAGAAAAAGACUAACAAGCUUCUGGCUGCAAACAUUUCCGAGCUCGAGCAACGAAUACACGCUUUAUCGGGAUCAAAUGGUACUGCACUAUCCUGCUUGUCGCCAUCACAAAUUUUACUCAAUGGUUAUACAUCCGCAACCGUUGAUCAUGAACUCGUCGAGGAAAUAGAACAACUCAAGGUGUCGAAUCGAUCCGAAUACAGUGAGAGCGGGGGCAGUGGACUGCGAUGUGGCGGAGAGGGUGCUAGCUCCAAUACAUCUCAAGGUUUGCCGACGGAGCUGCUAUCGUCUGAAUCGAAUAAGAGUUUACCAAGUUGUUCGGAGCUGGCACAAAAUGACUAUGGAAGCGGAUCAUCUUCCGAAUUCACAUCAAAUGCCGACGAAGCCGACGAAGCCGACGGAAUACUUUUGGAUCCGUGCAUCAACGCAGAUCGAAACCAGUUAUUGGACGAUACUGGACUUCCCGAGUUACCACCUGAAAUGGCUGAGCUUGUGCGACGAUACACAGAAAAUAUGAGCAACGACUGUGCUGAUGACAUAUAUUUAGAUUCCUGCAUUGAUGUCGGCCAAGACCAGUCGCUGGAAGGCCAAACCAAACUUCCCGAGCUUCCGCCUGAAAUCGCAAAGCUGGUAGAACAGUUCUCGAGGGAUGACCCUUGUUCCUCUAAAUAAAAUCGGAAGAAACUAGUUAGCACAUUCGUGAUCUCGAACAGCAGAGUGUAGACAUAUGACUGAUAAUUUUUAGCACCUCUUGUCAAGCGGAAAGAUGUGACAGAUUAUAUUUUCAGCCACUGGCUCCAGUUCGAUGUGCUGUUAUAGUACGAUGUACGAAUUGAUGUGUAAGAUAUUAUUGUAUACAGUCAUUCGAAUAAAUAUUCCUGCGAACAAUGUUGCUAUUCAUUUUGA